AUGUUUAGAAGUGUAGGUCAACGUACUUUUGUUAGAUUCAACUCCAGUGGACACCACGGUUACGGUGUUUCCAAGAGAAUUGCUGAAAAUGCCUUCCCAAAGGUCGAUAAACAAGCUGGUGAAGCCUUCAAGAAGGCCUCUAGGGAAAAGGCUGAACACUCCGAAGGUAUUACUAAAUUAUGGAAGAAAAUAACCUACGUUGUUGCUCUCCCAGUUGUUCUCUUAACUGCCAUCCCAAUUGCCAGAAUUGAAAUGCACCAUGCUGAGCACAGAAAGCACUUGAGAGAAGUCCCAGAUGAAGAAUGGCCAACCCAAUACGAAUACCAAAACUUGAGACAAAAGAAGUUUUUCUGGGGUGAUGGUGACAAAACCUUGUUCUGGAACAGUGAUGUCAACAGACACAUUGAAGCCUAA